GGCACGCGCGUGCGGGCUUCAGUGUGAUGGCUUCAGUGAGGCGCGCCCACUCUCCCGCUGCGCAUUACAUGCACUGUUUUUCAUUGUCAUUUUAUGCUUUCAUAUGAACGUUGACUCUUUCAAUAACUAAAAUGCACGUAACGGUCACCUACUUUGGGAGUUCAUACAAAUAUGGACAACACAGCGUCGUUAAAUGGCACACACGGGGAAUACAUGUAGUCCAGAGAGUCUACCAUGAAACAGCCACACAAUGGAAAUAUUAGUUCAAUCUUGGGUGACCUAAAGGCAAGAUGGGAAAAGCUCUGAGGCUGUGAGCACUUAACAUCCCCAUGUGUACCAUGAACAGCACCGCGUGGCCUUUGGACCUGGCUGAGUUUGCGAAACCUCGGGGGUUGAACAGCUCCCGAAGCCAGUCUGACUCCACGAGCGGCUGGGCCUUGAUCCACACGGCCACCCUUGCUUCUUGCUCCCUCCUGCUGGUCCUCAUCUUUUGCUUAGGUUCUUAUGGCAACUUAGUGGUUUUUUUGUCGUUCUUCGACCCGGCGUUCCGUAAGUUCCGCACCAACUUCGACUUCAUGAUCCUCAAUCUGUCCUUCUGUGACCUUUUCAUUUGCUGUGUCACCGCGCCCAUGUUUGCGCUGGUGCUCUUUUUGGAUGCUGGAGACGCUGGUGGUGGAGUUUCAAAGGGCUUCUGCUUCGCCUUCCACCUCACCAGCUCGGGCUUUAUUAUCAUGUCACUGGAGACGGUGGCUGUGAUCGCUCUGCAUCGGCUCCGCAUGGUCCUAGGUCAGCAGCCUAACCGUACGGCCUCCUUCCCUUGUACCCUGGCUCUUACGGCACUGUUAUGGACAACCAGUUUCACUCUGGCGGCAAUGGUUACUUUGCGAGCGUACCCGAGGAGCUCUGGGCCUUGCCUGCCCCACUUUGGUCUCACUGGCAACAAGGCCAAGAUGGUAUUAUAUGUGUACAUUGCAGAUUUUGCUUUCUGUGUAGGUGUGGUGUCCAUCUCUUACCUCAUGAUUGCUCAGGCACUGAGGAAGAACGCACAGGUGCGGAAGUGUCCCAUUAUCACGGUGGAUGCCACACGUCCACCCGCUUCUCAUCCGCCGCUCGUUGCCGCGGGUUUCGAGGGCAUGCAGUGUACGGUGCAGGUGCCCUCGCUUUACCGCAACCAGACGUACAACAAACUUCAGCACGUCCAGACGCACCCUUUCACCAGGAGGACCAACCAGCCCCUAGUGCCCGGGGCUGCGGCCGGAGCAACCUGCUGCCAGCUGGUUUCAAGCGUAAACCUGGCCACCGCCAAGGAUUCUAAGGCGGUGGUGACAUGCGUGGUGAUUGUCAUCUCUGUACUGCUGUGCUGUCUCCCGCUCGGCAUAUCGUUGGCACAGGACAUGGAGUCACCGGAGAGCAGCUUCGUUCACUACCAGUUUGAGCUGUGUGGAUUCGCUCUCAUAUUUCUCAAGUCCGGCAUCAACCCGUUCGUGUACUCGCGCAACAGCGCGGGUUUGAGACGCCGGGUACUCUGCUGCCUCCAGUGGAUGACGUUGGGCUUCCUGUGCUGCAAGCACAAGACACGCUUGCACGCCAUGGGAAAGGGAAGCCUGGAAGUCAAUCGUAACAAGUCCUCACACCACGAGACUAACUCUGCUUACAUGCUUUCACCGAAGCCCCAAAGGAGGUUGGUGGACCAGGCUUGUGGACCCAGUCACUCCAGGGACAGCAUGCCUAGUCCCUGCAUCACUGCCGGGCGCAAACCCAGACCCCCGAGCACAUCUACGCCCAUCAACACUCGCAUAGAGCCCUACUACAGUAUCUACAAUAGCAGUCCGUCAGCAGGACCGAGUUCCCCCAACAGCCUACAGCCGGUCAACUCUCAAACCACCGCUUUUGCAAAGAGCUACGUGGCUAUGCACUACCAUACCCACCAGGAGGUGCUGCAGGACUUUGACAGUACUUCAGCUCAUCAGAUUCCCAUCCCAUCGGUUUGAGCUUAGCACAGGAGCUUAAAACUGAGACCAUAAUACUACUCAUUUAGCAUCCUAAUGGGGCAUUUAUAGGAUUUGCUUGUGGUGACAAAUGAGAACUAAACAUGGGGAUGUUACAUUCAAAAGUACCUUUUGCUUUCCCUGAAGUGUUAAUGUUGACAUUUACUGGACUGAAGGAUGCUUUAUUUUUACAUUGACAUGCCAUUUUCAUGCAAUAGUCUUCAUUCAGAUAAUGUAUUUGUGAAAACAUCCUACAUUUUAUAUUAACUUAUUAAAUGUUUUGCAAGUGCAUUUUGCCACGUUCCAUCUAUUUAUUUUGAAACAAAUCCCUUAAUAAUGAACCAGUAUUAUAGUAUUUGUCUACCUAUAGCCUAUAUCAGUGGUUUUAAAUUGGGGUCCAGGAGGUUCUAGGGGGUCCCCACAAAAUUUCUGAGAA